AUUUUUUUCCCUUGACGUGGUCGUGACAUUGGGGGCACCAGCCGGUGGGAAACACCGGCUUUUGCUUUUGACGGAGCAGUUUAACGGAGUAACGUGUCACCGAGCUAACUUGGAUUAUUAAUGUCAUCGAAGUCGAGAGUCCACAGCAAAGGCACGAGGAUGCCGUCGGUGGAGGCCUCGGCGAGCGGGUUCCAGCAGUGCCGUCUGGCCCAGGAGCAGCUGGAGGACGCCAUCAACGCCGUGAUGAAGGCCGAGCAGCAGCUGAGGGAGAACGCCAGAGAGGUGCGUGGCGAGCUGCAGAGCAGUGUGAGCCGUCAGCAGGAGGCGCUGCGCUGCAGAGAGGUUUGGCUGCUGGGUCAGAUCGAGCUGCUGGAGCAACUGAAGACAGAAACUCUGCAGCAGCAGCUGCACAGACUGCACUGGCUCCGAGGUCAGUUUGACGUGAUCGUCCAUCAGAUGCAGAACUCCAACAACAGCAACGACCUGAACAACCAGCUGACCAGCUGCAUGGAGAAGUUCUCCUCUCUGAGCCUGACACCAGAGGAAACACCUGACAUGAGUUUCCACGCCGACACUCGCUCUCUGAGGCACGCCAUCACCACGUUCGGCAGCAUCACUGCUCAGCUCGUGGAGGGCGUGUCCUCGCAGAGCCCCGCCCACCUGAGAGAUCAGGUGCAGAGUUGUCCAAUCGCUGCCAAGAGACAGAAGAUGGAUGCCGCCGCUCUGGACCACUGGCUGCUGGGAGCCCGUCCAGCAAGCAGCGCUCCUAUUGGCUACCAGCCCAGCGGGAACCCUGAGGAUUGGCUGAUCCCACACAAGGAGAGCAAGACUUCCUGUCCGGUCCUGGCCUCGGUGGACUUCCUGCAGGCCUGGGGUCAGCUCAGGGACCUGGAGGCGUGGCUCCUCCCAGACCAGACCCCCGUCAGAAGGGACAGGACCAGCAGCAGCUGCAGCUCCUCCUUCUCCAUCGAGAAGAUCGACGAAUCAGAGUUCACCGUCUCCUCGGAGGAGGAGGAGGAGGAGGAGGAAGAGGAGGAGGAGCUGAGCGACUGGCUCAUCACUCCGCCUACUGUUGCCAUGGAGACCAUGUCAGACGCCGAGCGGUGGCGUCUGGUGUUGAAGCCGUUUGAGGACAGAUGGUCGACCAGUGAUUGGCUGGCGGGGUCGAGCCGCCCCCCCGCAGACUGCUCCUCCUGCUGCCAGACCACCAAGGCCGUGGAGAUCGAGAACCUGGGCCGGCUCAAGUGCCUCAAGACCCCGCCCACCUCCAGCCCCGCCUCCAGCCACGCCUCCAGCCCCGGCUCCCCGGCGGGCCUGGAGGCGUGGCUGCAGCAGGUGGUUCCGGUGCAGCAGAACUGCCGGGCCAACGAGGUCUGCUUCACCUACGCCGACUGCGUCUGCGAGGAGAACUGUGGGAAGGAAGCGCUGAGCCUCUGGCUGCUCCGGCAGGACGGGCGAGACAAGAACGGAGUCCCGGUCGACAAGAACGCCACGCUCGCCGACAAGAACGCCACGCCCGCCGACAAGAACGCCACGCCCGCCACUAAGAGUGCCCCGCCCACCCUGCGCCUCAGGGAGCAGGAGCAGAAGGUUCAGGCCAUCCUGGAGGCCUGGCUCCACCCGUCCAACACCUCCUCCUGCAGGGCUCCUCUGCAGACUCUCACCUCCUCCCUCUCCGGCUGGUUGGCUCCGGAGGAGGAGAAGGCCAGCAGGGAGGAGCACAGCUCCCGCUUCAAGCCUUCCUCCUCCUCCUCCUCGUCUCUGUUCCAGUGCCCUCCGGAUCCAGGACUCUGGGUGUUUCCAGGACAGACGCCUCCUCCUGCUCCGGGGUCAGGAGGUCAGCCCGGCCCAGAACCCGAGGAGGACAAAUGGCUGCUGAAGAAGAGGAGUCAGGCUCAGGAGCGUCUGGCGCUGCCCACCGUCUGUGACCUGUUCUCCUGCCUGAAGCUGGGCGGAGACAAAGAGAAAUGGCUGCACAGGGCUCCGGAGCAGAUGUGACGGCGAUGAUGAUGGAUGCUCCUUCUUCUUCUUCUCCUCUCUUCUGUGAGUCACUUUAUUAUCGCUGAUCAGCGCACACGAACGCAACAGUCUAACCAUCGCCGCCUUCUUCCUGUGACAUCACCACGCCGAGCCGCUACCCGCCGCUCUCCUCCAAUCAGGACCAGGAACGAACCGAUCGGUACGCCGAGUCGGCCGUCUGCGUGGGGGGGAAACCUCGUGUCUCCACUCUUGACUCACAAGGUUUUCUGACGUCACCUCGAACUUUAGGACUCUUUGAUUUGCAUUUUAAAGUCGACCAAUCAGAUCCUCUCCUGAUUCGUUAUUUUAAGUCGUUUGUUUAGUAGAAAUAUUGAUUGCUGAUUAGAACUCAUUUAUUUGAUUUGGUGCAGCUUGAUUCAUGCAGACCUACAUAUCCCAGAAUGCAUUUCAUCAGCUGAUCCUGACUGGAGGAGAAGGGGCGGGGCCAUGGAGUCGGGUGGGCGGAGCUAAUGUAUAAAUAGUCUAAUAUAAAGUAGUCUUUAUUUUAACGAGCCAGGUUUUAUUAUUUCUUCAUGGAUCAGAUUCUCCGGGUGCAUUAUGACCUUUUCUUCUUCUGUUUUUCCUGUGAAACUGCUGAACUACAGAGAUCUACUUCCUGUCCAGGCUGCAGGCUGCUCGCAUCACUUCCUGCAGUCACAAUAGCCGAGUCCAUAGAGACGCACUUUAAAACCUCCUGAAAGUUUAACAGACACAAAACAUUCAAAACAUAGUUUGCCCUGAGUCUAGUCUCGCAGGCUGACCACCUGCGAGACUUGGUUCAGGGCAAAAACAGAAUCUUUUGUUUCCCAAAAUGCCUUGGGCCGAAGCAUCCUGCAGCCUCGUAGCAGACGGGUCACGUGACUCCGCAGUCAGCAGUGAUUGGUGCUUUUUAAUGAAGCUGUGUGACAGUUUGUUUGGGGGGGCGGGGCUUCUGUCAUAUAGCGCUGUGAUGUCAUCAGCACUCUCUUCUCUACAGUAAUAAAACAUGCUGACAUUA